AUGACAUUUUGCGGUAAAGUAGUUCUCGUGACCGGCGGUAGUUCAGGAAUAGGUGCUGCUACAGCUAUAAAAUUUUCUGAGGAGAAAGCAAAAAUUACUAUAGUCGGACGGAAUAAGACUAAACUGACUAAAGUAGCGCAACAAUGUGAAAAAAACCAUCAACCCUUUAUUAUAAUUGCUGAUUUAACUAAAGAAGAAGAAAUGAAAGAGAUAAUAGAUAAAACGGUCAAAAAUUAUGGGAAAUUAGACAUUUUAGUAAACAAUGCAGGCGUUGUUCGUUUUGAAAGUAUUCUUUCAGAGAAAGCUUUAGAAACGUUUGAUAAGGUCAUGGCUAUCAACUUAAAAGCUACAGUACAUCUAACACAUUUUGCAGCUCCACAUCUAAUUAAAACCAAAGGGUGCAUAGUGAACAUUUCCAGUAUAGGAUCAACUGCUAUUAUGCACGAAGAAAACUUUGCAUAUAGUACAUCUAAAGCAGCGUUAGACCAAUUUUCGCGAUGUGUGGCUUUAGAGCUAUCUACACAAGGAGUUCGAGUAAAUAACGUCAAUCCUGGUCCAGUGAAGACUGACUGUUUGAAUGAACUGAUCCCUGAUAUUAAUGAGAGAGAAAAAGAGUGGGGACAAUAUGCCGGUCUGACACCUCUUGGAAAAUUAAGUAAACCUGAAGAGAUAGCUGAUAUAAUAAUGUACUUAGCAGGUGAUAAAGCUAAAAGCAUUACAGGUUCUUCAUUUGUUAUCGACAAUGGAUUGUUGUUAAGAAAG